GAAGUAUCUGUCAAUCCUGGAUGCGAUGGAAUAUAGCAGUAUAGCGGUAUCGAAUUUGAACUUAAACGCGUAUUAAACUUUAAAGUCAUUUAAAAAGUCGAGUACUUUAAAAACGAACAUAAAAAUAAUGAGUUAUCUUUCGGGAACAGCAAGUUUACUGUAUGAGCUAGAUAAAAAACUGAUGGUGUUACUUCGAGAUGGAAGAACGCUCAUUGGAUAUUUAAGAAGCAUUGACCAGUUUGCUAACUUGGUACUUCAUAAGACCAUUGAAAGAAUUCAUGUUGGUAAAAGGUAUGGAGACAUUCCUCGUGGAAUUUUUAUUGUUCGAGGAGAAAAUGUUAUUCUUUUGGGAGAGAUAGACCUUGACAAAGAGGAAGGUACUACUUUAGAGCAGGUUUCUGUAGAGGAGAUUUUGGAAGCACAGCGUAUUGAGCAAGAACAGAAGCAAGAACAAGAGAAGCUUCGUGCUAAAGCUUUGAAAGAACGAGGACUGGCAUAUCACCUAGAUACUACCUAUGAGGAUUUUUAAAAAGUUCGAAUAAUAACUGUGUUUUGCAGGAGUGAGCCAGGGAGUUCAUUCUUCUUCCAUAGUUCUCUUUUGGCAUAUCUUAUAAUUUUUCUUAAAAUAGAUUUAUUGUCCUUGCAGAAUGGAAAUAAAGUUUAAUACUUCAAGCAUUUGAA